AUGAAAUUCUUAUUACCUUACCGCGAACACGUUCCCGAAAUGGACGGAAUUCCGUUACAAGCACCUCCGCUGACUACGGAUUCAAGCCAUGCGUUACCGGAGCACGAACCUUGCCUCAAACUGAAGACGGAGAGCGCGAAGUUCAGAAAAAUUAGGAAAAGGAGGCAGUUUAUAAUACAAUUUUGUUUUCCAACUCCAUUAAAUCUUGAUAAUGAUUUGCAGACUACUUCGAAACGCCUUGCAGAGAAGAAAACAGCGAAAUUUGAGAAGAAUAUCACAAGGAGAGGACUGACCCCUCAAUCAUCUAAGAAAGAAGAAUGGGAACCUGCACACCUUGUUCUUGUCCUCUUUGCAGUUCUGGUAGUAUUGUCAUUUGUUUAUCAGGUUGUCAGGAUGGCAAUUAACGGUGGAAUAUACUGA